GAGGUUUGUAAAUGGAACGGUUUCAAGUAACGGUUAUCGAUGUGUUCGGGUAUCUACUCUCACGUGACUGAGCGAUGCCAGUUUGGGUUUAUGUACAGGGCACGGAUCUCUUCGUCCUGCACUGCAUCGCCAUCGUCGACUUACACCAUUGACUCUGCCUGUGCAAGUACAUUGUCCGUGAAUAUCGUGCAGCUUGUGGAUGCUGAAGUCGCGCGAUCUUUGACAAUCGGAGAAAGAAUGUGCGGUGUAUUCCCGAGUUUGUACGGCGGCCUUUCUUUCUCCGCGCAUCUCCCCGCAAUGAACCACUGCCGAUCCACCAAUGCAAACUCCAAGUAGUCGCGCAACGUUAAUACAUAAGCUUGAGAUGUUCGCCAAUCGACCAUUUACUAUACAUCAUCUUCUCUGGCUGCAACAUCAUAAUCAGAACCUCAACUGCCACAAUGUCGCCAAUUGCCAUCCAGCGGAAGCAUUCCAUUGCAACUAUGGGCGCCGAUGGCAUCGGUCCUGAAGUUGUCAAUGCUGCUGUACAGGUUUUGAAGAAGCUCGUAUCACUCGACCGCUCUUUUGAGCUCGAAUUCAAAGACUAUGACUGGAGCUCAGAGACCUACAAGAAGACUGGGAACUACAUUCCCGACGGCGGUCUGGAGGAACUAAGAAAGCAUGAUGCUAUUCUCUUUGGCGCUGUUGGCGCACCAGAUGUCCCGGAUCACAUCUCCCUAUGGGGCCUUCGACUGGCAAUUUGCCAACCAUUCCAGCAGUACGCCAACGUCCGCCCAACAAGAAUCUUCCGUGGCACACAGUCUCCUCUCAGGAACGCCUCGCAUGGUGACCUUGACUGGGUAAUUGUGCGCGAGAAUUCAGAGGGCGAAUAUGCCGGUCAGGGAGGCCGAUCGCACAAAGGCCAACCAUGGGAGGUAUCCACAGAAGUCUCCAUCUUCACAAGGCAUGCUGUCGAACGACUCAUCCGAUUUGCCUUCGAGCUGGCCCAGAAGAGGGAGAGGAAAUUUCUGACAGUUGUCACCAAGUCCAAUGCUCAAAGAAACGGCAUGGUCAUGUGGGACGAGAUCGCCGUCGAGGUAUCGAAAGACUUCCCUGACGUAAAGUGGGACAAGAUGCUGGUCGAUGCCAUGACCUGCCGCAUGGUGCUGGACCCGAAGUCUCUCGACACCAUCGUCGCAACCAACCUCCACGCCGAUAUCCUUUCUGACCUCGCAGCUGCCCUGGCUGGUUCCAUCGGCAUCGCGCCGACCAGCAACCUGGACCCCUCGCGCAAGAACCCUUCCAUGUUCGAGCCAAUUCACGGCUCCGCAUUUGACAUCACCGGCAAGGGGGUCGCUAACCCAGUCGCCACAUUCUGGACCGCAGCGGAGAUGCUGACAUGGUUGGGAGAGGAGGAAGCUGCCAACAAGAUGAUGAAGGCGGUAGAGAAUGUCACAGAGCGCGGCAUUGUUACUAAGGAUCUUGGUGGAAGCUCAAAUACAAAGGAGGUUACGGAUGCGGUGUGCUCGGAGCUGGAGAAGGUGUUUGGGAAGGGGAAUUAGGCACGGCACUAUGGUUUGUAUGUUUCUGAAUGUGUCGCGAUUCUGCAUAGACGUUACAGCUGAACACUUUCAAAUCCUCGAUUGAUGCUCUUAUUUCCUACACCCCAAGAGUUUGGCUGGAUUGCAGUGCGUUUGGGUUACAUGAGAAAACUAUCCAUGCUCGUGAGAACGGAGAGAGCCUGCAGAGGUCUGAGUGAUGAAUUCUGUA